CUGUUUAUUAGUUUUUUCCUUUUUCCAGGAACGAAAACCAACGAACUUCUCGUCGUGCUCAAAUCGAUAUCAUUAAAGGGAUUUUUUCGACUUUGGGGCACAUUUAUUGGGCAGUUUCCGAUUGCUUUCCUUAUAUCCGGUCUUAUUCUCUGUUCAUUAUCUUGCGGAAUUAUUAAUCUUCACUUACGGGAUAACGUACGAGAUGGUUAUACUCCACGUACAUCGCGUUCUCGGCAAGAGACCAAUCUCUAUAGAGAAUUCCUUGGCUCAGAAGGAGAUCCUGCAAUGACUACAGUACUUAUGUUGGCCAAAGACAACGGAUCGAUGCAUCGAUUGAACUAUCUACAAGAAGCCGUACAAACAAUGGUGUAUAUCUCGAAAAAUCUGUCCACUACCGUGUCCGGUGGCAGUACUGUCGGCUAUGGUAAUUUUUGCGGCCAUUACUGCGAUUCGAACGUUGUCGUGGGGUACUUCCUACAAGCACUAUACCAGAAGACAUUGGAUCCUGGCUCUAUGUCUCUGCAGCUGACAUAUCCGAUAGCUGAUCUGCGAGGCAUAAAAUUGCAUUUAGAGCGAAAUUUCUUUGGCGUUCAAACUACAGACAAUUACAACAUAACAAAUAUCGAGUAUAUUAAAGUGAUAUCUAUGUCAUUCAUGGCUGAGAUGAAGACGGCGGCUGACACAGAACGACUUGGAGCAUGGGAAUUGGAGCUUUUCGACUACUGUUCCAAAUAUACCUCAGCUCAUUCAAAUAUGUUAGAAGUGUUGGUUAUUGGUGCCGAAAUCGUGGAUACCGAAAUGAACAAAGAUGGCCAGCGAAUGUCGCCGUACUUUGCCACAGGUGUGAAUGAUUCGUUCCUUACCGUUCACGCUUGGCUUCGUCAACCAUUGCGUCUCUCGGCUGCUACUCGUUUGGGUAAAGUGCUUGAAGAGGUUGGACCUUCAAUUACAACCACAACACUUACCAAUGUGGUCACGUUUUUGAUUGGAUGGCUUACACCAACAGAGGAAAUAUCGAUUUUCUGUUUUGGUAGCGCAAUGGCACUUGGUUUUGCUUAUAUUUACACCGUCAUCAUCUUUUGCCCGAUACUCUAUUACUGCUCACCUAAGGAAACUAAGGAUGCUCACGAAGGAUGUUUCAGACGGAAGGGAAAGCGCUUCUUCCGAGGCGUUCUUCUUGGCUAUAGCCGUGUGCUGUCGGAUCAUAGGAUAGCAUUGUUGUUGUUUAUUGGAACUCUGGUUUACUGGUAUUUCGGUAUUAUGGGUACGAUCAGUAUUACGGCUAAAUUGGACACUGAGAAAAUACUUCCGAAGGACACGCCUAUCCAUAGACCGAAUCGUAUUAUCGAAAAUAUCGUUUGGGCCGAAUACUAUCCGGUAACUGUAAUUGUGAAUAAUCCUGUAGACGUGCGUGAUGUCGACCGAUUGAAUUAUGUAAAAGCCUUUGUGAACGAAUUCGAGCAGCUUCCAACCUGUCGAGGCUCAAAUUUCACAAUAUUCUGGUUACGAGACUAUGUCGAUUACUAUUGGGGAGUCGGCGUUAACGACUUCGACUUCUAUUUUGACGCAGAUGAAUAUCCAGAUGAAAAAGAAUUUGGAUAUAAAAAGCUUGCUGUUGUUUAUGAAAACAACACAUCAUGGGACGAUCGAAUUGAUUUGAUGCUCAAGUGGAGGGCGAUUGUUGACCGUUACCCUAAUCUGAACGCUAGCGUUUGGAACGUGAACUCUAUGUUUGUUGAUCAAAUGCUGAGCCUAAAAUCACUGACAUGGCAAACCUGUUUGUGGACAUUAUUGUGCAUGACCAUUGUUUGUACAAUUUUCAUCCAGAAUCCUGUGUCGGUGCUCAUCGCCACCAUGGCGAUUGCCUCUAUCAGUCUUGGUGUCAUGGGAAAAACCCAAUUUUCGUUCCGCACUGUAUCGUUCCGUACCGCACUGUUCAGGUAUCUUUCAUUUUGGCACCUCGACCUCGAUCCAGUUUCGCUUUGUGCUGUGCUCAUCAGUAUUGGUAUGGCGGUCGACUUUGUUGCACACACCACUUACCACUAUCAGUUGUCCUAUCGCGAGGUGAUUCGUGACGGUCAGAUCGUACGAAUCGACCUGGACACGCAGUACGCGAGACUACGGCAUACAAUCAGCAAUAUCGCAUGGCCAAUGUCACAAGCUGGCAUUUCUACAGUGAUCUGCAUACUGCCUAUAGUCGUGUUGCAAAACUAUAUUCCAUUGGUGUUCGUGAAAACAAUAACGUUGGUAGUAAUUUGGGGCCUAUGGCAUGGUUUAGUACUGCUCCCAGCAUUCCUUUCGCAGAUUCCAUUAUACCUGCUCAAUUUCAAUUGCUAUAGACUUCUAGUAAGCGGUCGUACCGACAGCACUCUUCAAGAGAUGUCACUUCUAGCACCCGAAGCUUCAAUGCGAAUUUGA